AUGAAAAGACAGAAAGGAGAGCAGAACAAACUCCUAACAGGAGGAGACUCACUCAUGGCCUAUGAGACAGAGGAUCUGGAGACUCAAUACUGCUUUCCUGACAUCAACUCAUCAUGUGUCAAGGAGAGACGCUCCAGUCAUAGAUUUGUUAUCAUAUACUUGUUUGUGUCAUUGCUGUCAGCAUGGACUGUGUUUCUGAACCUGCUGGUGAUCAUCUCCAUCUCUCACUUCAAGAAGCUUCACACUCCAACCAACAUGAUUAUUCUCUCUCUGGCUGUAACUGAUCUGCUUGUUGGACUCGUCAUGCCUGUAGAGGCCAUCAGAAUGAUUGAGACGUGUUGGUAUUUUGGAGACACUUUCUGUGGACUUCAUUUAUUAUUUGUGUCAUUACUUAUUGCAGCAUCUCUUAGUAAUUUGGUUUUAAUUGCUGUUGAUCGUUAUGUGGCUGUGUGUCACCCUUUACUGUACCCACAGAAAAUAACCAUCACUAAAACACUUAUGAGUAUCUGUCUGAGCUGGGUUUGUUCAUCAGCUUAUAACACUGCCCUUUUAAUCAAUAAUGGAUAUUUUGGCACUUCACACAGAACAGACGUGUGUUAUGGGGAGUGUUUGUUCAUGUCAAGUUUCAAUUGGGUAGUGACUGAUCUGUUCUUGUCUUUUAUUUUUCCUUGUUUGCUGAUCAUCUCUUUAUAUUUAAGGAUCUUCUAUGUCGUUCAUCAGCAAGUGAAGGUUAUAAACUCUCUGAUGAAGGGUGGUAAAUGUGUAACGGAGGGUUUAGUGAAGAGGAAAUCUGAGAGUAAAGCUGCUCUGACUCUAGGAAUCAUUGUGUUAGUUUAUCUGCUUUGCUAUAUUCCAUAUUUCAUCUGCUCUAUAACUGUAAACUCCUCCACAACUAUAAAUGGUUUAUUAUUUGCUGUAUGUGCCAACUCAGGUCUGAAUCCUCUGAUUUAUGCUUUAUUUUACCCCUGGUUUAAGAAGACAGCUAAACUCAUUUUAACCCUGAAAAUUUUUCAUUCUGCAUCUUCUCUGAUCAAUAUUUUUACAGAACAUUAAUUACUGUAACUAUAGCUGAGGCGAUGCCUCCUGUCAGUGUCAUUUUUAAUUCCUCAUUAAACAAGUCCAGCUGUUUUGUGUUUAUAGCAGUCCACAUGUACUUCUUACAGGACAAAAUACAAAGUAAAGCCUCUGUUGAGUACUGACUAACAUCGUAACUACUGCUCUGACAGACUCACAAUGGGGAGACGUGUUUCACAUUAAGACACACUGCUUUUCAUUUUUAAACAAAUACAUUUGCAGUGGAUUUAUGUGGCACUUAUGUGGCACCUUUGAUUAUACCUGAAAGCAGAAAGCUCUGUCCUGUUUCAACAUACUGUGAUGGUGGAGGGUGGUAGAUGGGGUGCUGUGAUGAGAAACCUUGGUUCACCAUGAGGGUUUGUUGGAUUAGUUUCAAUAAUCUGUUGUCUCAUUAAGUCAUGACUAUAAUUUUUUUAAUGUUUUUCUUUAUUUCUAAAGCGAUUUUACAAAGUAGAUUCUUAAAGCAGCUUAACAUAGUUCUAGUAAGUUAAAUCAGAGUCAGUCCAGUUAAAGGCACGACACAAUAAGGAAGGAGCUCUUCAGGUUGGCACAUGUAUUGUAUUCAGGUAUAAAAUGUUGACAAUGUAAAAACAGUCAUGUAGAAGCUCACAGGACAAAGAUAAAAAGUACAUACAAAGCUAAAUCAAGGGACACCCAUAUCUGCUAAGAGUGUCAAUGUUUAUUUUGCUUCCAUGUUAAAGAAAAAAAAAAUUGUUUAUUCACUGUCAUAAACAAGAACAAUCCACAUAAUAAAACUAACAAAACCAACAGAUAUAAUAACGUAUUACUAUACUAAAUGGCAGAUCAGUUUAUCUUGAUAUGCUGUUACCAAAAGCAUAAUGUACCAUACUCUGAACCUACCUGACCAUACAGUACCCCAUCUACAGUCACUUCAAGACAAAAAGCUGUAAUAUUUGGGUCACAAGUACAACUCCCUUUCCUUGUUUACACACUGCUUUUCUUUUUAAAACAAAUGCAUUUGCAGUGGUUAUAUGUACCAAUUAUAGGGUCACACCAUUAUUUGGGUCAUUUGCAUCACUCUACUUGCGUUGUAUUUGCAUUGUCUCACACAAAAAACAUUACAUAUAUUUCUAUAUGCUGUAAAAGUAGUCAAAACAAAUGACAAUAACACAGUGUUGUUAGUUCAUUUUUUGUGAAAAACCUGAUGUGGCCCAGCCUAACCCAGACUCUGCCUCCAGCGGCCCCCAGGUAAUUUGAGUUUGAGACCCCUGCUAUUCUAAAUGGCAGAUCAGUUUAUCAAGAUAUGUUGUUAAUAAAAGAAAGAUAUAUGGCCAAGCA